AUGCCGUGUAAUUUAACGGUUUCAACAAUUCCCAUUUCAACAUCAACAGUCCGUUUAACCGAGCGCACGACUACUUCAUCACAUAAAAAAACAUUUCCGAUAACAACACAGGCUUCUACUACGACAAUAGCAGCCCACAAUUGGUUUCAAAAUGUUUUAUCAAGAUACGGUGACGUUCAAAAAUGGUCAGCUGAUGAAUUCGAUGCUAAACUACACCAUCUUUCGCACUGGAGUUUUUUAAACGCACAACAAUGGCUCGAUUUUGUCAAUAAAAGUAUAGCUAAACUAGAUCCACCGAUGUCACCAACGAAAAAUUUUACCUUUUUUGAAUUGGGCGUAGGUGUAGGUGCCUUUUCACGUCGAUUAUUACUUCAAUAUCCUUAUUCUAACGGUAUUGGAGUUGAUGUUGUUCGAGAUGCUGUCGAAAUUGCUCGAAUUGUCUUACCAUCAGAUCGUAUGAAACUUUAUACUGUAUCGCAUAAUGAAUAUAACAUGAUUGAUAAUAGUACAAUCGAUCAUAUUAUUGUUCCGGGUGUUAUUUGUUAUUUUCCGUCACUAGCCAGUAUUGAAAAUUUAAUCAGAGAAUUAGUACGUAUUGCUAAACCUGGUGCAUCGAUGUGUUUCACUAUGAUACCAUUCGAUGCUUCUGGCAAGUUCUCAUGUAAUCUUAUUAUUUCACCAUCAUUUUGGUCAAACAAGAGAAUAAGAUCUCUUGGUGUACGUGUAACAAGUGUACAGAAUAUGUCGGAAUGGAACUUAUCACAUUCUCAAUAUCGAUAUGCUGCAAAUUUGAGGAAAGAUAUUGUCACUUGA